AUGUCUCCUUCAGCAGUAGCUGAGGCCGCCGACGGACGGAAUGACGAGCUGCGGGUUCUGGCGAGCGGGUUCGUUGCACUCCUGGAGAUUGCACAGAAGCUGACUCGACAAGAGCAAGAGCUUCAGAGCCGGCUGCAAUAUGCUUUUGAUGAGUAUCAAAAACUUGCAAGCACGCUUCCCGAAGGCUCAGAUAAUAAACUAGACAUAACCAUAGGCGCCAUUCAUGAUCCUUCCAGUAUUGACGAGACUGCCGCUGACAAUGUCGAAUGGGUCACUAGUAUGGAGAAGGCAGGUUAUAUAUCCUCUACGGAAACAAAAAACAUCACCGAGAGUUUAGAGAUCUCGACGGCUGCCUUACGCAAGCUAGAAAAUACACAAGACUCCAGUACUUUGCGAACUUGUCCCUUUGGUCAUGGAAAGCGUAGAACUUCGAUGGAACAUGAUUUCACGACAAAUGGUAUCAAGGGUGCCCUUGGUUGUCCCUUCAAUAAAUCCAGCAAACCGGCUGGUGCAGAAGAAGAGGCAAAUAUAAAUGGUGAAAGCUGUCAGAAUGACGAUGGAGACCCCAUUAAGUUGGAAAAGAUUGGAGAAGGCGCGCCUUCAACUGUACACUCCUCGUCCGCUCGCUGCCCCAUCCGAUACCUGGGAGAUCAUUCCCCGGAGGAGCUGGCGGAGUACUUCCUGAACCACAAGCAUGAGAUCCCACGAAGUCACUCAGUUUGUAUUCGGCGGUACCAGAAUAAUCCUCAGACAAGCCGCAAAAUUGAUGCCAAAUAUGGCAACAUGAUUAAUAUGGUGAAGGGCUUAGGCGAAUAUCACCAGCCAUAUCUUUCAACGCCCCAUGAAAUAGAUGAAACUGGGCAAGGGGAUGCAGAUCCUGCUGUUCAACCCAGCUCAGUUGAACGCGUUGAAAAAUGGGCAGAAGAUGUGAGCAAUAAGUCUCCACCAGCAGGUUCAACCUCUCCUGAGGAAAUUGAAACAGCUGCGCCUGUUCCCGACGAACACCAGGCCCUCGCCAAUGGCGAUGAUGACCGGGAAGGCCACUUCGAACGCCCUCUACGGGAUGUACGUGUAGGGGAAUCACCAAGCCGCCCUUGGGGUAUUCAUGUCCCCCCUGAACAACCAGCCAUAGAUCAUACUUUUACCCACCCACCUGAAUCACACUAUGAGAAGGUGGAGGGAGUAGAAGAAGAUCCAACAAUGCCUUUGCCGUCUCAGGGCCGCCUCAGCCCUCUUGGACAGGCGUCUACAUUCGGGAAUGAUGCUGAAGCAGAUGCUGAAGCCAAUGCCACUCUCGACACAGCGGUGGAAGACGAUGAACAUCCUGAACCUGAAAUUGAGGCACCAAGCAGCCACCAUGUCCACCCUCAUCAUCAAAUGCCACACACGAAUACCCAAACGAAUACCUACUCCGUCCCACGCUCAAAUCUUUCCCCUGAAGCGCCUGUUACCCAUAUACCUAACCCACAACCGAGGAUGGUGUUUAACGGGCCAGUAUUUUUUGGAUACACCGCUGAAGCGGCAGCUCUGCUAUUGGAAAAGAUGGGCCAUAAAUAG